AUGCAGGGAACCGUUGUGGCGUCAGUGCUCAAGAAGCGAGGAGAGAAGAAUGUGAGGAAAGUGGAAGAGGAGGAGAUAGAGAAGUUGAUCAAACAUCCGGUUGAUACGUUGGUACAUGACGUCAACGAGGUGGAGGGAGUCCUCAGGGACACAGAGUUACAGAAGCUCUUCGGGCUAAGGAGCAGAACCGAUCCUGUAGUUCGCAGGGAGAUUCAGAUUGACGGGCUCCUGACCAAAGUACGCGAGAAGCUAUCUCGUUCCUCCUCCUACGUGCGGCUAUUCGGAACGUCAAUCUUCUUCCUCGUCUACGUCUCCUUCCUCUUCAUGCAGCGAGACAUCGAGUCGUCCUACUAUGUGGAAAGCUCUGUCAUCGACCUUGUGGGGAGCAACCUGCCCAUGCUGGGCAACGGAGGAUACAUGAACUCAGGUCUGGGUUCGACUGGAUUUCUGAGCACAUCAGAAGAUUUCUACUCCUGGUUCCGCGGGAUCGCUCAAGUGGUCUUCAGCGAUCCUGUGUGUGGGGACGGGACAUGUGAUGGGCCGGACGAGUAUCCGGGCUUCGGGAGGUUCGGAUGUAUCAAAGACUGCGGCAAGUACAAGAACGUCACAAGUCUCACCAUCACGCUAGAGGACGUUGUGAAGCGAAGUAGCAGCGAGCUUGGUAUCUCUCUCAAGGACUCGGAGCUCGAGGCGGACGCGUCGAGGGUGCGAUUCUUCUACAACAUCUACAGCGAGACCAUGGGAGACUUUCUCUUGGAGAGCGACACCAACGCUACUCAGCUGACGUUCGAGGCUCCAGACGGAGAGCUCACGCUCGUCCUCUACCAAGAAUCUUCUGUAGAGGAGCUGGUGGAGAAUCAAGCUGUGACUUCGCUGUAUGGAAUUACGCAGAGCUCCUUCUCACGUCUACCAACGCGCAAGACCGCGAUCGAAUACGGAAACUUGCGCGAGGUCAUCAAGAACGCUGUGUACGGGGAGAACGCUAUCAAGACUUUGUGUCGCUCGCCGCUGGAGGCUCAGGUUGCCUUCUGCGACACGUUCAACCCGCAAGACAUGGGCUACCUUUUCACCUCCAAGUACGGGGUCAGCGGCAGGAUCGACCUCAAGGACUCAGUGACUGGUGUGUUGGAGACUAUAGUGAAGGUGGGUUACUGCAGCAUUCUGCCCAAUGUCAGCGGAAGCCCGUAUGCACAGGCCAACAAGGCAACAAUCGUUCGGUCAGGGUCCAGCUGCGACGGGUCUUCCGGGACCCGACGCUCUCGAGAACGCGAGGCUACUCCAAGGAGGCAGCUGCUACAAGCUGCUACUCCCAUCAUGCCAGCCUGGCAAGACGAACUGGACGUAGGUCCAGCUGAACCCCAACAUCGACUUGCAUCUUCUUCCUUGCACACAAGCGCUCAGCGUGAGGAUGUACGGAACAGCCGGGAAUCUGCUGGGAACACGCACGGAUGGCUACCGUCGAGGGCUAACAAGCAGUCACUGAGAGCUGUGUCAAACUGCCCUAACACGGGUCAAAUUCUUACAAGCGCCGCUGGCUUCUUGACGUCGGGCUACACCACCUACAGUUACAACACUGACUGCUCUUGGACCAUCGCGUCUCCGAGCAACAGCAGCGUGACUUUGACAUUUCAACGGUUCGACGUGCAAUAUCAUAGCUCAUGCAAGUACGACAAGGUGUAUAUCUACUCCUGUACAAGUGUGAGCUGCUCGCCGUCAGCCUUGCUCGCGACCUUGUGCGGGAGCUUGGAUCAGAUCAAUCCUCAAGUCACGUCCCCCACGGGCAUCAUGAAGGUGUCCUUCAAGUCGGACAGUAGUGUCAACAACCAAGGCUUCUGUGCCACGUGGGGUACCGGUUCUGCUUGCCCUGUGAACCCUGAUACCCCCGUGUUGAGGAGAGUGCUACAUAUCCUGAGACCUUUGCACAAUGAGGGCCUGUACGGGGUUGCCAUGGCAGAGGUCGAGGUAACGAGUCCUUCCAACUCCACCUACAUGCGUUAUGCUCUUUCAACCGACGCUCAGCCGACUCCUACUUGUGACUGCACCGACUGGCGAGAUUCUGCUACCUGCCCCAAUACUGUCAGGAGCGGCUCUAAGAUCCUGCUCUACUACGAGGGCGCGACCUCUCGGAAAUACUUUCGGGUCAGAGUGAUUGCAUGCAACCAGUACCCUGAGGUUACACUGUCCAGCCCUAGCUACAUCUACUACGCUACCUACUUCCUAGGACCUCCAGCUGUCAGCUUGUCUUUCCUUGUCAACAUGCCAGCACCCCCAGCUGACAGCACAACUGACCCCAUGGACGGCAUGCCGUCGCCUGCCAACUCCUCUACCAACCCCGGCAACAGCUCGUCGGUUUUGAGCUCUGUGUGUGGAAACAUCUCUGUCGAUGAGGUUUGGAGGAAGAUAGUCGAGGACAUUCUCAACCAGACUCUAGCUCUCCCCCAGCAGGCGACCUUCAAUGUGACGUACCAAGACUCCUCCGUUAACCUGUCGAGUGUGGUGUUUGCGACUUCGAACGUCCAUGUGGCAACCAUCGUCAACCUUCUGCUUGAUCAUCGGCAGAGGAUGCAGGAGGCGCUUGGUCGCGCUUGUCCCCUCCUCAACAUUCAGCAAGAGAUGGCGAUCCGUACCAGCUGGCUCUUCAACAAGGGCGCGCGAGGUGGUGCAUGUCAAGCUCACUACGACUGCGAUGACGGACUGUUCUGCGUAAAACCAAGCUCGUCAAGCUCAGAGGAGUUGGGAACCUGCGACAUCUGCAGCUUCUGCAAGGUUGACGCCAGAGACGCCAUCGACAACAGAUGUCCCUUCCUCAUGUGUCCAACCUCAGGCAACUUCCCCGCCUGCAGCAACGCGGAGCGGUUCACAGCGAGCGCCACGUGCCCGAGCGACUACAAGUUCAGCGUGUGGGAGUACCGCAAUGCGAGCGAGGGCCCGCCUAAGAUCGUUCCUCCCUUCGAGCCCAAGAACCGUGAGAUUACUCCCUACAACAGGAUCGUCGGCGCCAUCGUGAUCUCACAGAGAAGGAUGAAACCGACGUCCUGCGCUCAGAGCGUGAACAAGCAUGUUCAAAGCUUCAUGAAGUCAGUAGAGGGCGUCGUUACCUGCCCUUCCUCUACCCUCGAUGACACACCCUUCGGGUACGAUCCGUCCUUCAUGUCCUUCAGCAGCAUGUACAACCCGAAGCUCUUCCCCGAGAAGUUCUACGCGCCCCUUGAGAGACACGUGAUCGUGUCACAAGGAGAGACAGACCUCUCGUUCCCCAUCGGCUUCUACCCGCACAAGUACGACACCAACUUCUUCGAUACGAACAUGGACGGCUUCAUCUCUGAGGAGGAGGCGUCCAUCAACGCCACCAGCUUCAAGGUAGCCUACAAGGACCGCAAGCUCAUCAUGCCGUCUGAGGCGGACACCUUCAAGCUCUACUUCGACGAGCGACUGACGCAGAUGCUGGCGCAGAGCAUGAUUCAGUUCGCAGAGGACGGGUCCUUCAUAGACUCGCAGACGGAGGAAGUACAGGUACAGUUCCUGACCUACAACGCUCCUAAGAACAUCUUUGCCCUGCACGAGUUCAUUUUCACCUGGCAGAAGACAGGAAGGAUCCCCUGGGACUACAAGGUCAACUCCUUCUCCGUUGACUUCUUCGCGGGGCCCAAGGCCGUGAUGCAGAUCUUCUUGUUCGUCCUCGUCGUCGGGUUUCUCCUCAUCAACAGCUACAUGGAGGUCACAGAGCUGCUCGGCGAGAUCCGCAAGUACAACCUGACAGGUUACCUAUCGCAUCCUUUCAACUGGAUCGACUGGACGCACUUCGCCUUCAUGUGGGGGACUAUCAUCACCUGCCUCCUCCACUACUUCGACUGCCGCCAGUUCUACAUGAAGUCCAACUACCCUGUGCUCUUCUACGGGCCCCAGUACGGCUCGACAGGGCAGCGCAAGGGGAUCACAACUGUGCAGACAGGAACGGGUUUCCAAAUUCCUCUGCUCAAGUCAGGGAACGCCAAGGCAAGGCACUUCCGAACAGAUAACCAGGCAGAGAUGGACCUGCUGCUGCUGCUGGAGCAGGCGAGGACGGUCUCGGGGUCGAUGAACCUCUACUCCUUCUUCGCGGGAGUCAGCGUCGUGCUCUUCGUGCUGCGCAUGCUCAAGUCUCUUGACUUCCAAGAGCGCAUGGGCCUCGUGACUCGCACCAUCGCACGCGCGUCCAGCGACCUCUGGCACUUCAUGCUGCUGUUUGCUGUCGUGUUCUAUGGCUACUCCGUGGUGGGACACAUGCUGUUUGGUCAUCAGUACGAGGGCAUGAAGGACAUGUCGACGGCUUCUCUGACGCUCCUCAUCUUCCUGCUCAGUCUCGACACGACUCAGUUCUACGCGUCGAUGUCACACGCAGCUCCUGACGGUGCGUUUCACAUCUUUCUGUGGUCUUAUCUGUUCAUCGCUUUCUUCAUCCUGCUCAAUGUCUUCCUCGCCAUCUUGGUGGACGCGUACGCCAAGGUCAAGGAGGAGACGGAGGGCACGACUGGGCUGGUGGAGGACCUGCUGGAGACUCUCUGGCAUGGGCUGAGGAAGGCGAUAAGGAUGCAGCAGUUCGUGUCGAACCAGAAGCUGGAAGAGGCGCUUGUGAAGGAGCGCGAGACGUUGACGUCCAAGGAGAGCCAGCGUCGCAUCCUUGAGCGGGACCUUGAGGAGGAGAGGCUGGUUCUGCUUCCCGGAGGCGUCUCGCUCGACACUCAGGACCUUGCUACGAUCGCUCGACGAGCGUUGGAGAUGGAGAGAGACAAAGUUCAUCCGGAGGAGGAAGAAGACAGGGAGCGGGAUGACCCGAUGUUCAACGAGGACGAGAUCGUGGCGUCUGCUGAUCUGAUGAACCGCUACGGCAUGGAGCCAUCGGAGAUCUCGGAGAGGAGGAAGAGCGAGCUGCUGGAGCUUCAUGAUCUUGAGGGCAUCCGACGGCAGAUCGGGACGCAGAUCGGACAAGUCAAACUUCUGGGCAGCCAGCAGCGAGUCCUCGAUCUCUUGACAAGCAUAGGGAAGGAAAUCGCCCCAUCAGCCAUCGCUGCUGCCAUGGCGCAGCAGAAGGAGCAAGAGCAAGAUAUUCACACGGCAGCAGCUCCGACGUUGGUGAAGCUUUUGAGGGUAACGCUGGUACGAGCAACUAACUUGCCGAGGAUGGACCUGAUCUCGGGCUGUGACCCCUACUGCGUGCUCUUCGUGAACGCGUGCUCGGGUCUGUCAACGUUUGCAUCGGAGGUGCUGCACAAGAACGUGAACCCCGAGUGGGAGCAGGAGUUCGAGUGGAGGAUGACGAGUCAGACCAAGGUGCUCAGCGUCACCCUGUGGGACAAGGACGAUGUGACGAGCGACGAUCUGGUGGGGUCAGUGCAAGUGGACCUGCAGCAGCUGCCGGACGGCGAAGAGGAGGAGUUAACGCUGCCGCUGCACAACCACAAACUCUUCAAGAAGCUGCGCGAGACCCGCCUCGUGCUGAGAGUCCACAAGCUGAUCGAGACAGAGUCGAUGAAGAUGACAGUGAAGAUGCCCGAGAGGCAGGCAAACGAGGAAAAGGAAGAAAACGAGGAGCUGGAAGAACUGGAGGAGCUCAGUGCUGGAAGAUGGAGCCAACGUAGAGUUAAGAUGAGUUCCUAA